AUGUUUCAUUUUGCGGCAACGCGGUUCCCCCUGUCUCAUUUUGCGGCAACGCGGUUCCCCCUGUCUCAUUUUGCGGCAACGCGGUUCCCCCUGUCUCAUUUUGCGGCAGCACGUCCGUCCCCUGGGCCUUCUUUGGGUGCCCGUCAGUCCGUCCGUCCCCUGGGCCUUUUUGGGUGCCCGUCAGUCCGUCCGUCCGUCCCCUGGGCCUUUUUUGGGUGCCCGUCAGUCCGUCCGUCCCCUGGGCCUCCUUCGGGUGCCCGUCAGUCCGUCCGUCCCCUGGGCCGCCUUCGGGUGCCCGUCAGUCCGUCCGUCCCCUGGGCACCGCCGGGUGCCCGUCAGUCUAUCUGUCCCCUGGGCCGCCUUGGUGCCCGUCCGUCUGUCCCCUGGGCCCCGUCCGUCCGUCCCCUGGGCGCCUUGGUGCCCGUCAGUCCGUCCCCUGGGCGCCUUGGUGCCCGUCCGUCCGUCCGUCCCCUGGGCACGCCCCCGUCAGUCCGUCCGUCCCCUGGGCGCCUUCGGGUGCCCGUCAGUCCGUCCGUCCCCUGGGCCGCCUUCGGGUGCCCGUCAGUCCGUCCGUCCCCUGGGCCGCCUUCGGGUGCCCGUCAGUCCGUCCGUCCCCUGGGCCGCCUUUGA